UUUUCUGUUUACGAAGUUUAUCCAUCCUAAUUAAAAAAGAAAAAAUUGUCUAAGUUCGCGCCAACAAAUUUUCCAAACUAUCAUGUUUGUCACAACCAAGUUAAUAUUGUUGGCUCAGUUGCAAGCUAAUCGAAUGGUCAUUAUGGCCUCGAGACAUUUUACCCUUUCACCUUUCAAAAUGUAAGCUAUGCUCCACCUUGUAAAAUGGUUGUUUAACUUUAACAGUUCAUUUUGAUGGUUAUCAAAAUGAACAAACAUGCUUGCAAGCAUUUUGCUUGACGGUUGGAAAAAAUAUUUUACAUUUGGUCUUUGUGCAAAAAUGCUCGUUUUUUUUCUCAAGCUUCGUCACUCGUCUUGUUCAUUUUUUCAUUGCUGAUUUCGGACAAUUUUUGGUGAAAUGAUCAUGAAAUUCUCAAUUUUAUCGGGUUAUAAUGAUUAUUUGGUACUGACUUUGUUCCAUCACAAAUGUUAACCAAUAUUUCGGGUAUGUCUCAUUUUAUGAUAUUUCACUAACUUUCCAUUUCUAGUUUUACUGAUUUCUCAUUGACAUGAGAAAAAUUCAUAGCUAUUUGGUAAGUUUGGUUAUUAUACUUGAUAACGUUAUGUUUUUUUAGGUUUGUUUCUGAAAUUCGAUUUUUCAUCAUGUUAGAUAUUGAUUUGGCGGUUUCAGUCUUCAGUGGCAUCAGAUUCAAGAAAAGCUCAGUAAUGUUCAACUUUAAGUUAGGAAUAGGAUAGGAUAGGCUAGGUUUAGGAACAUGAUCUGAGCUUUUUCCUAUUGGAUUUGAUGCUAGUUGAAGUUUUGAAACCAAUGAAUCAAUUGACAAACAUGAUUAAUUUUCGAAGAUUCACGAAAUGAAACACAUAGUUGAAAGUGGUAAUGGUGAACAUUUUGGAAAUUGAAUCUGGAAUCAAGCCAGUUGGAGAAAUCAGAGAUCAUGAUUCAUUUUGGAAAAGGACAACGGAAUGCACAUUACGAUAGAUUUUUAUUUACAUGAUCGACAACUAGUCUUGGAUCAUAAAGAUUGGAUUGGCGAACAUAUGCUCAUGGUCAUUGGUUAAUUUAUAAAUGGAUCAAUAUGGACGACGAAAAUUGGAUCGUAUAAUUUGGUUUUUUAAUUAUUGUCAUCAUUGCUUUAUUAAUUUGGAAAAAAAAUUUUAAUCCUAAUAUGGGGGUAAAAUUAAUGAAGUGAAUGGGGGGCAAAAUGACUUCAAAUUUGGAGGGUAAACUGCAGGGUUAACAAAACUUCAAAUUUGGAGGGUAUAUAUGGUGAAGCGUUCAUAUACAAUGUUACAUAAGCUGCAAGUUUGCAGGGUAAACUUCAGGGUAACCAAAAAUGCAAAUUUGAAGUGUAAGUUACAUUGUAUAUGAACGGCCCCUUCAUUGCAGGGUAAACUGCAAAUUUACAUUUUUGGUUACCAUGCUUACUUUUGGCUCUGUGAACCCUUGAUUUCAUCAUCAUUAAUUUAACUUUUGAGUGAUCGGGUUUUUCUGUUUUUCAUCUUUAAAUCGUUUAAAGCGAGAAAUUGGUUCAAUGGAAAUUAGUCCAGAUACAAAGAAAAUGAUCGAAGAGAAACGCAAGCAAGCACAAGAACGAUAUUAUCGUCAAUUGGAAAUGAAACGUAAAGUGAAUGAAGAGAAUAAAAUGAAUAAUACGAUUCAUCAUACAUCGAAAUAUUUUUGUACCGAACGUAAAUCGACAAAUGUCAUGGCAAAUUCAAAUCAAUCGAGUGGUAAUUCUUCACCUAUGAAACAGCCGAAUUCCUUCACAAAGAUAAGUGAUCGAAAUGAAAUAAAAAAAAAUACGGUUAAACCACCAUCAUCAUCAGUUUCAUCAUCGAUGCCUGCCAAAACAGUGAUCAAAAAAACAAUGUCUUUGUACCUCUUGGAUAAUUUACGUUUUAUGGUGCGUGUUGAUUAUGAAGAAGAAUUCAUCAAGAAAUUUAGAAACUAUGAAGGACGACAAUAUGAUCCAGUGAAAAAAACAUGGUCAUUUCCACUUAAAGAAUUCGAACGAUUUAUGGCUGAUAUGAAAGAAUUGAAGAAACAAAAUUUUGAUAUAAGUUUCGACAAAAAUAUUCCUCAAUCCUUGACCAAAAAAUUACUCGAAUAUAAUAAUAUACACAACGUGAAAAUUGAUUUAUCCGAAAGAUUAGAAUCGGAUUUUUAUAAUAAACUUUAUCCAUAUCAACGUGAAGGUAUUAUAUUCGGCAUAAAACGUGAUGGAAAAUUGUUGAUUGCUGAUGACAUGGGUCUUGGUAAAACAAUACAAGCAAUCGGAUUGGCCAAGUGGUUCCGUGAUGAUUGGCCAUUGAUAAUCAUUUGUCCAUCAUCAUUGCGAUAUCAAUGGAAAGUGAAAAUAUUGGAAUAUUCACCAGAUAUUAAUGAAAAAGAUAUUUUCGUUGUAACGACAAGUAAAGAUUUACUUCCAUGUGUUCCAAUCACAAUUACUAGUUAUGAUUUAAUGGUACGUAUGAAAGAUCGUUUAACAAUUGGUGCGAAUCGAUUUUAUCGAAUGAUUAUAAUGGAUGAAUCACAUUAUAUUAAAACGGAUGAAUCACAAAGAACAAUGGUUGCACGUGAAAUUGCACGUUCAUGUCAACGAAUCAUUCUUUUGUCGGGAACACCGGCUCUUUCUCGUCCAAUUGAACUAUUCCCACAAAUUAAUCUAAUUGCCCGAGAUAUUUUCCCAUGCAAACAUUCAUUCGGUGUUCGUUAUUGUAACGCUAAACAAAGAACAUUUUUUGCAAAUGGCAGACCAAAAACCGUUUGGGAUUAUAAAGGUGCAGAUAAUUUGGAUGAAUUACGCAUCAUUCUAGAGAAUACAAUCAUGAUACGUAGACUAAAAAACAAUGUCUUGAAUGAGCUGCCCACCAAAAGACGUGAAAUGUUUUCUUUACCAAUGGAUCAUUUGUCAGCACUUGAACGUGCCCAAUUGAAUUCUUAUAUGGUGAUGAUGAAGAAAUCCAAAAUUUAUAACGAUAAAAGACAUAUUAUAAUGGAAUGUUUUCAAAAAUCGGCCGAAAAAAAAAUUACUGCUGUGAUGAAAUAUUUAGCCGAACUGUUAGAAAAGGAUAUCAAAUUAAUCUGUUUUUGUCACCAUAUGGUCAUGAUGAAUGGCGUGGAACAAAUGUUACGAAAAAAACGUGUCAAUUUCAUCCGUAUUGAUGGUAGCACACCGGCAAAAGAUCGACAGGAAGCGUGUAAUGUAUUUCAAAGUGAAGCAAAAUAUAAAGUGGCCUUACUCAGUCUAACGGCAUGUGCUACUGGAUUAAAUUUGACGGCAGCAUCAAUGGUCAUAUUUACUGAAUUAUUUUGGACCCCAGGAAUAUUGGCACAAGCUGAAGAUCGUGCACAUCGUAUUGGACAAUCCAAUGCUGUACGUGUCAUUUAUCUGGUGGCUAAAGGUACAAUUGAUGAAAAACUGUGGCCAUUAUUGUGUAAAAAAUUGGAAAUCUUGAACAAAACUGGCCUAAGCCGUGAUACGUAUGAUGGUACCUUUAAUCCACUUGCAGCUAAUGAAGAUCAAUUAUUAUUGACAGAUUUUUUCAGUUAUUUGGAUCAAGAUACUGAGGAUAAUAAGGAUGGUGGAAACAUUCACAAAAAUCAACAACCAACAACAGAAUAAUUGAAUCUGUAUUCCAAUUCAUUACGAAUUUUGAGUUUUUUCUUUUUUUCACAUUUUCAAAAAUUAAUGUUGGCCUUUUUUUUAAAAAAAUUUGAAUCUUUUUUAACUUUGAUAAAUAUAAAUGUCUUUAAUGCGUAUUUUUUUCUUUUCUAAAACUCAUGUGUGGAUUGCAAUCUUUUUUGUUCAUCAUCAUCAUCAUCGUCGUCGCCGUUUGGAGAAAAAAGUAAUAAUGACCUCGAAGAGUAUAAAGUAUAGUAGUUUUCCCCUUUGCAUGAAUUCGUGUGUAUGAUGAGCGUAUAAAUUCAAACAAGUUAACGUCGUAUAUAUACCCCGCAAUCACAAGCAUCACCACUUUUUAUAUAUGUAAAAUAUAGUGGAGGUGGCUUAAUGAUCACCACAACCAUUCAUUUAUUGAUUAUCAUCAUCUUUUUUCUUCUAUUUCAAUUUUGUUUGGAUAAAUUUUUGUUUUUGAAUAAAAAAAUGAUGAUGGUCUAUUUUGGUGAACGGGUUAUUUAUUGUUGUUGACAUCAUGAUCCAUGUAGAGAGUCCGCAAAAAAAAACAUAGAAAGAGAAAAAAAGUGUCUGCGAGAGAGUGAAACUGAAAAUUGCAUCAAACAAAAAAUGUUAUAGAUUCAAAGGUGGUAAAUUAUUAUAUCUCAUCUAUUUUAGAUUUUUUCAACAAAAAAAAUGGUCAAAUGUUGCAUUCAAACAUUGUGGCUGUUGUUUUUGUUUCCGAUAGCUAGCGCGACCAGCUGACAUUGUAGUUAAUUGUUAACAAUUGUUGUUGAUUUUUGUUGCAACAAUGAUCAUGUUGCGCAUGUUGUUGUUGAUUUUU